ACGUUUCUCGCUGUCACAUCAAUCGCGUCCAUCACGACAGACGAUUUUCUUUCGUGAUCUGCUAAACCAAAAUAAAGGAACAAAAACUCAAGUUAAAAUUACUAAAAAUGGCAAGCCGGAUGAUUUUAUCGCCAAUAGUGCGUACCGUUGGAAUGCGCAAUAUAACGACGCAGGUUCUGGCUUCCCGAUGUGCUGCAAUCAAAGACGAAAUUACCCACACUGGUCAGUUUUACGACGAGAACGACUACCGGAAUGCUCGAUUCGUCAACGCCGCCAAGGUAGUUAACCAGAACUGGGCCAUCAAACUGGUCGAUGAAGCGCCCAUCAUCACGAGUUCCAAGCGAGUGGUCUAUUGCGACGGUGGAACCGAACCAGCUCUCGGGCAUCCUAAAGUGUACAUCAAUCUGGAUAAACCAGGUGCUCACGCUUGCGGAUAUUGCGGUCAGCGUUUCCAGUUGAAGGAUUCUCAUCAUCAUUAAUGCUUGAAUUCAUAGACUUGUUGAAUUGUAAUUCGUCGUUCUAGUCGACAAUUUGGAAAUCAGUAAAUUGAAAUCGAUUUAACAGAGCAAAUAA